CCUGUCAGCGGGGCGGCGGGAUGGCGGCGCUGUACGCCUGCACCAAGUGCCACCAGCGCUUCCCCUUCGAGGCGCUCAGCCAGGGCCAGCAGCUCUGCAAGGAGUGCCGGAUUGCUCAUCCCAUUGUUAAAUGCACUUACUGCAGGACUGAAUUCCAACAGGAAAGCAAAACCAACACGAUAUGCAAGAAGUGUGCUCAGAAUGUGAAGCUCUAUGGCACACCAAAACCCUGCCAGUACUGCAACAUCAUAGCAGCAUUUAUUGGAAACAAGUGCCAGCGUUGCACCAAUUCAGAGAAGAAGUAUGGCCCUCCUCACUCAUGUGAGCAGUGCAAGCAGCAGUGUGCAUUUGACCGCAAGGAUGACAGGAAGAAGGUGGAUGGAAAGCUGCUGUGCUGGUUGUGCACACUGUCCUAUAAGCGAGUCUUGCAGAAGACCAAAGAGCAGUGCAAACACCUGAGCAGUUCUUCCCGAGCCAGCCUGCAGGAGAAGGAGCAGUUCAGUAGGCUCAGCAGUGGCAGCCACUAUAACAGCCAGAAAACCUUAUCCACGUCUUCCAUUCAGAAUGAAAUCCCAAAGAAGAAAGCCAAGUUUGAUGCCAUAUCUGCCAAUGGUGACAGCAUUCCUUCCUCUCCCGAGAUGCUUUGCCCCCUUAUCCAGAGGGCCCCGUCCACGUUGGCGCAGUGGGCUGCUUCCCAACAGACUCUCGGGGCCCACCAUUGUCCUGUUGCUCAAGGCAUUGACAUCCUGAAUUUUUCUCCGGACCUCGCCCUGGACUCCCCUGGCACCGACCACUUCGUCAUCAUUGCCCAGCUGAAGGAGGAAGUGGCUACUUUAAAAAAGAUGCUUCACCAGAAGGAUCAGAUGAUUUUGGAGAAGGAGAAGAAGAUUACAGAGCUGAAAGCCGACCUGCAGUACCAGGAAUCACAGAUGAGGGCAAAGAUGAACCAAAUGGAGAAGACACACAAGGAGGUCAUGGAGCAGUUACAGGAAAGAGGAAUCGAGGCUACCCGGGAGCUGGCGAGGGGCCCCAGCGCCUUCAUUCCCCUGUGAGAGGUCCCGCAGGAAGGAGGGGAGAGCAGCCUGCACCAGCUCCUCGAGGCCUUUGUCUCAGCAGGCAGGGUGGACCACGUCGCCAUGGUCAUGGGGCUGCACCCCCAGUACCUCAGCAGCUUCUGGAAGACCCAGUACCUCCUGCUGCGCAUGGAUGGGCCCCUGCCCUACCACAAGCGCCACUACAUCGCCAUCAUGGCAGCAGCCCGGCACCGCUGCUCCUACCUGGUGGGGUUGCACAUGGGGGAGUUCCUGCAGGUGGGGGGCAACCCUGCGUGGCUGCAGGGGCUUCACUGUGCCCCCCAAAAGCUCAGGAACCUCAGCGAGAUCAACAAGCUGCUGGCGCACCGGCCCUGGCUCAUCACCAAGGAGCACAUCGAGGCUCUGCUGAAGCCAGGGCAGGACAGCUGGUCACUGGCAGAGCUGGUGCAGGCGCUGGUGCUCCUCACCCACUACCACUCGCUGGCAUCCUUUGUCUUCGGCUGUGGCAUCAAGCCCGAGGAGGAGGAGGAUGUGGGGAGCAGCUGCUGGGCCCCCUCACCCCACAGCGACAGCAGCCCUGCCUCUGGUGACAGCGUGGGGGGCUCUGGGAGCACAGAUGCCAUUCAGGGCCUGGAGGUGCUGAUGGAAAGGAUGAAGCUGCUGCAGGAAAACGAGCUGGAGGAGGAAGGAGUCACACAGGAGGAGAUGGCGACGCGCUUCGAGCUGGAGAAGACAGAGAGUUUGCUGGUCCCUUCCUCAGAUAUUUUGGAUCCCUCCCUGCAGUCCAACAUCCGCUGCUUCCUGGAGGAUCCUGAAUUCGGAUACAAGGACUUCACACGGAGGGGGGAGCAGGCCCCUCCCACGUUCCGUGCACAGGAUUACACCUGGGAGGACCACGGCUACUCGCUGAUCAACCGCCUGUACCCAGAUGUGGGGCAGCUCCUGGAUGAGAAGUUCCAGGUGGUUUACAACCUGACCUACCACACCAUUGCCAUGCACUGUGGUGUGGACACCUCCGUGUUGCGCCGAGCCAUCUGGAACUACGUCCACUGCGUCUUCGGCAUCCGCUAUGAUGACUACGACUACGGGGAGGUGAACCAGCUCCUGGAGCGCAACCUAAAGGUCUACAUCAAGACAGUGGCUUGCUACCCGGAGAGGACGACCAAGCAGAUCUACGCACAGUUCUGGAGGCACUUCAGGCACUCAGAGAAGGUGCACAUCAACCUGCUCCUGCUGGAGGCACGGAUGCAGGCGGCUCUGCUCUACGCCCUCAGGGCCGUCACCCGCUACAUGACCUGAGCUCCCUCUUUCUCCUCCUGCUCUGGCUGUGUGGGAAAGGCCCAGCUGGCACCCUGAAAAUUCAUCUGGGGGUAUUGUCUCCCUGCUUCAUGGGCUCAGAGCUGUGGAAGUCAAGUGGGAGCUUCCCUGCGCUUUCUUCCAGGAAAGGGGAGCCCCAGGAAGCUGUCGGUGCUGGGAAGGCCCCAAAGUGCUGCCCUGGACUUGACAGAGCUGCGAGGGCUCUACUGCUCCAUGCCUUUUUGGGGUUGGCCUGAGUGAAGCCAGACUGGGGUUGUUGGCUGCAGUGCUAGUAUUACACCCUGUGACAUGUCCUGGCACCAAGGCUGCCACCAAAGAGGACUGUCCCCCUGCCAGGGAUGGCCAGAGGAUAUCAUGGGCUUCAUCCCUGCUUUUUGGGUCCUGCUGUGCUGGGAGACGUAGCUGCCGGUGGGGGUCCUGCCCAGGCACCCCCUCCCCACCUUUCUGCCUCAUCCCCUGCAGUUUGGGAUGCAAAGUGCCUUUAACCUAAGUGCCAGGGCAGGAGCAGGGAAAGGGUAGGAAUACCUGAGUGUGUUUUAUACCUUUUUGCAUUGUUUUCCAACCACUGGCACAUCUCCACUGCCUCAGCUUCAGGGGCUGAGGUAGGGAGCUGUGCUGGGGCAUGAGGCUCCCUCAGCCCCUCUCCUGCUGUGAGGGUGGGAUGGGGUGGCCAUGGAUUUAUCCAGAUAUGCCAAAGCAUUCUCAGCAGCACAUGGAGGUCCCUGUUGGGGAGCAGGAUCCAGGGCCAGCAGCAUCACCACCCUUGGUUUGGCUGUUGAAUGAUAGCUCCAGCUAAGUUAUUUCUAAUUUUUUUUUGAUAUAUUAAUUCCUGAUGAGGCAUGGAAAUGCCUCUGUAACUAAUCUUGUUUGAAAAAAAUAAAAUAAUUAUUUUUAAAUUAU